CUAAACCGCUGCUCUCCCCACCUCUUCCCACCUCUGUUCUCUGAUGCUGCUGCCGCCAUCAACACAAACCUAGACCGCCGCCGUCGCUAUCCUCUGACUCGUCACGACUUAUCGCCUUGCUUCUCUGCCCAUCCCGCCGGUGCUGCUCACAGUUAACCUGGUAAACAAGUUCACCGUUUCCUUGUUCCCCAAAUAGCUGUGGGCAAGAAAGUAGAUUCGAUGAUGUCAGCUCUUCUGCAAACGAAGAAGAACUACCGCUGCGUGCCGACGCUGCAGCAGGUCUACCCAGGUGGCCCGUUCGUUUUCUCCUCUGAUGGCUCUUUCAUCGCCUGUGCUUGUGGCGAAACCAUCAACACUGUUGAUUCUGCUGAUUUCUCAAUAAAGGGUACAAUCGAGGGCAACAACGAGGCUGUUACGGCGCUCACGCUUAGUCCCAAUGACCAGCUGCUUUUCUCUGCCGGACACAGCAGGCAAAUUAGGGUCUGGAACUUGGCCACUCUGAAAUGCGAGCGCUCCUGGAAGGGCCAUGAUGGUCCAGUUAUGGCCAUGGCGUGCCAUGCUUCUGGUGGGUUGCUAGCAUCUGCAGGAGCUGAAGAAUAGCCUUGAAGUCCUCAGAUGUCACAGUCACCUCUAAAAGUGAUGAUGAGUCAAAAAGAGGCUUCAGUGGUGCUAUAAUUCUUCCCUGUGAUGGAGGACUGGUUUCUGUGACUGCUGAUCAACAGUUUCUAUUCUACUCUUCGAUUGUUGAAGGACAGUUAGUACUAACCAGGAGGCUAGUUGGAGACAACGAGGAAAUACUGGACAUGAAAUUUUUGGGCGAGGAUGAAAACUUUCUUGCUGUUGCUACAAAUCUUGAACAGGUUGUGGGAGGGCACUUAUUGCAACGGGAAGCAAGGACUACUGCCUUGCAUAGUUCCUUAACUGGAUACGCUCUAACAAAUAUUCAGGUUAGGUUGUGGGAUUCAGAAACCCAGAAAUGUGUUGCUAUUGGCAAGGGUCACAUGGGAGGAAUUGGUGCUGUUGCAUUUUCGAGAAAGGAGAAGAAUUUUCUUGUUAGUGGUUCUUGUGCCGUACAAUAAAAGUGUGGAGUUUUGAUGGCAUCUCUUAUGAUGUUGACCAACCUACUGGCUUGAAAGCGAAAGCAGUGGUAGCUGGGCUGCCCAUGACAAGGAUAUAAAUUCUCUGGCAGUUGCACCAAAUGAUGGUUUAGUGUGUACCGGAUCACAGGACCGUACUGCUUGUGUAUGGAGGCUACCAGAUCUGGUGGCGGUGGUUGUACGUAGAGGCCACAAACGAGGAGUUUGGUCUGUCGAGUUUUCACCCGUUGGUCCAUGCGUCAUAACGGGAUCGGGUGAUGCAACAGUAAAGAUAUGGAGCAUAGCUGACGGAUCCUGCAUUAGGGUAUUUGAAGGUCACACAUCAAGUGUAUUAAGAGCAUCAUUUCUCACUCGUGGCACCCAAUUUGUGUCAUGCGGCGCUGAUGGGUUGGUCAAACUAUGGACUAUUAAAACGAACGAAUGCAUCGCUACAUAUGAUCAGCAUGAGGACAAGGUCUGGGCUUUGGCUAUUGCGGAAAAGACAGAAAUGUUUUGCAACUGGUGGUGGUGAUGCUGUAGUCAAUCUAUGGUUGGAUUCUACUGCUGCUGACAAGGAGGAAGCAUUCCGUGAAGAGGAGGAACGUGUGUUAAGAGGUCAAACAAUGGAGAAUGCUGUACAAGAUGGUGAUUUCUCAAAGGCUAUCCAUAUAGCCUUUGACCUCAAUAGGCCUCGCAAACUCUUUGGGUUAUUUUCUGAAAUCUGCAGGAUGAAAGAUGUUGGCCUCCAGAUGGAGAAAGCUCUCUGUGAUCUCGGGCAGGAACAGUUGCGUUUGCUUUUCGAAUAUGCCCGCGAAUGGAACGCAAAACCAAAGAUGUGUCAUAUUGCACAACUGGUGCUGUUUCAAGUAUUUAACAGCAUUUCUCCAUCGGUGAUCCUCGAGGUAAAGGGUAUUGGUGAGGUGCUCGAGGGACUGAUUCCAUAUACGCAAGAGGCAUCUCAGCAGAAUAGACAGAGUUGUGAGGAGUAGGUAUUUGGUCGACUACUCUCUGGCUGGAAUGGGGGUGGUGUGGUUGAAGCAGAUGUUGAUGACACAAACGAAGAUCGAAAAGGCAGUGGCGAGGAUAAAGAACGAGAUCAUGUUCAGAAUAACGACGAAGCAUUGGAAGAGACGAGCCUGACGAAGAAAAGGAAAUCUAGUAAAACUGGAAAUACGAAAAGCAAAAAACAGACCAACUCGAGCUAUUGUCCAUAUUACUUAUGCGUUAGUUCAUAUCAACUAUUGAGGUGAAAGGUGUGCAUUGUUCACGUCAAUAUGUGAUUGGAGAUGCCCGACUGUACUCAUGACAAACUUGGGAGGGACUGUACAAUGUUGAAUGUUCAUACCACCAUGUAAAGAAAAAAACUUUUGCCUAACAAUACGAAUGUGGAAGGAUCAACAUGUGAU